AUGACAAGAAUGCUCGCUUGCCGUAUCGCAGAACAUCANGUUUAUUUGUUAACAUUUAUGCUUACAUUGACAAUCGACAGUCCUUCACUAGGUUCUUCUUGUCAAAGAUGCGGAGAGGCGAGAACUUCGGCAUCUGUCUGGCCCCAGGGAGGACGAGAUGAGAUUUUUAAAGGCAAUUCUGACCGCUUCAAUUUAAAAUAUAAUGAUUUUUAUAAACCUGUUGUUGGAAGAUAUUUACGUCUAAAUGUUAUUUCUUGGAAUAACCAUCCAAGUUUAAGAAUGGAAGUUGUUGGUUGUUAUCAUUCUUAUGAUGAAUGUAUAAUUUAUGGUCCAUGGUUAAGCCUUUCAGAUCCUAAUCUUCCAACAUCUGUUGGUGAUUUUGAAAAUAUUCAAGAUAUAAUUUCUACAAGUAACAUUUGCAAAAAUCCAAUUGAUAUUGAAUGUAGAGAUUAUGUGACGCAUCAGAGUUACAAAACAAUUGGACAAAAAGUAUCUUGUGAUCUCACCAAUGGACUCUAUUGCUUAAACAGAAAUCAGAAGGAAGAUUAUUGUAAUAAUUAUGAAGUUAGAAUUAAAUGUUGGAUUUGUAUAAAAGAUGAUGGAAAGAAAUCUCAUCCACCAUUAUGUCCUGAACUCCCGGAAUACAUGGCAAAAAACUGUCCAGUGAGUUGCCCAUCAGGAUUUCUUUGUAAUGGAAUUGAUUGUGUGGAUCCAGUUGAUUGUGUUUGUGUACAACAUGACAAAGUAUUUAAGGUUGGAGAACUUUCAGAGAACAGCCAAUGUCAACAAUGCAAGUGCAUUCUUGGAGGACAUUCUGUUUGUUCUGCAAAAUCAUGUGGAACAUGUUCAAAUGGACAAGUGUCAAAAUUACUUUCAAAUUGUUCAUGUAUAUGUGAAAAUUGUAAAGAAGAUGAAAUCUUAUGUCCUACUAGUAAUGAAUGCAUUUUAAAAGAUAAAUGGUGUGAUGACAUUAUGGAUUGUCCUGAUGAUGAAAUUAAUUGUUUCACAACUUCUCCUGAAGAAAUAAUUUCUACAGUGAUGCCUGAAAUUGGACUUCCAGAAAAUGGAUCUUGUGAUGUAAUAGGAAAACGUAUUAGAACUUUCGAUGGCCAAGAAUUUGAGUAUGAGAUAUGUGAUCAUAUUUUAUUACAGGAUGCCAUAUAUAAUAAUUAUAAUGUUACAGGAGAAAAAAUAUGUGAAUCUCAAGAUAAGUCAAAGUGCCAUCAAAAAUAUACUAUAUACCAAAAUGAAAUUUUAAUAGAAAUUUAUGAUGACAUUCAUGUUACAAUUAAUGGAAAUAAUUAUACAGCAAGUCAAUUAGUUUUAUUCAAUAAGCAGAAUUUCAACAUCACAGUUGAAAUUUUUGGAAAUCAUGUCAGAAUUAAAUCUCAAAAAUAUAAUUUUACUGUCAUCAGAGAUAAACAAGCAAAUCUUCACAUAGAGACUCCUCCAGAGAAUAUGGAAAAGUUAUUAGGCUUGUGUGGUUUUUAUAAUGGCAUGAUAAGUGAUGAUAAGAAAAAACCUGAUGGAAAAAUUACAGCAACAGCUAAAGAAUUUGGUGACAGUUGGAAAAAUACUAAUUCUACAAAACAUUGUGUUUCUACAUUUUGCCCUAUUGAAAUUAAAGAAAAAGCAUUAAAAAUAUGUAAUAAAUUAAGAGAAAGUCCAUUUGAUCAAUGUUCUGAUGUUUUGAAUGUUGAAAUGUAUUUUAAAGCCUGCAUCACUUCUAUGUGUGAUUGCUUGAGACAAAAUAAAAAUUCAUCAUCUGAAUGUGAAUGCAAUAGUUUCCUUCCAUUAUUAGAAGCAUGUGAAAAUAAAUUAAAACAUCCAUUAUUAAAUUGGAGAAUGAAGUAUGGUUGUGGUACAGGUUGCAAGCCAGGAUUUGUAUGGGAAGAUUGUGGACCAGCUUGUCAACCCACCUGUGACAAUUAUAAAGAAAAGUCUUGUUCAGAAAUGUGUGUGCCUGGUUGCUUUUGUCCAUCUGGAACUGUAUUAGAUGGAGAGACAUGUAAAUUACCAGAAAACUGUUUAAAUGCUCAAUGCAAAGGAUUUGGUGAUCCUCAUUUUGUAACAUUUGAUGACUGGUAUUAUCCAUUCCAAGUUGUAGGACGAUUUGUCUUGGCCACAGAUAAAACAAAAAGUUUUGCAAUUGUAGGAGAAAUUGAUGAAUGCUAUUUUAACAGCAAUAUUAGUUGUAUGAUUGGAAUGAAUAUUUCCUAUAAUAAUAACAUGGUUAAAAUUAAAAAAGGAAAAGAAGUAAGUAAAUACAAUAUCAUGGCUGCACUUCUGGAAUCUCGACAGCAAGCAUCUUUUGAAUUUUCAAUGUAG